GUAUCAUUUCUAUUUUUAGUAAUUUUUACCACAAUUUUUAAUUAAAUUAUGGUCUUGCUAAAUAUGCAGUUAAAUCAUUGUGGGUUGUACGAAAAUAAUUUUGAAACAUUUCUGAUAAUUUUACCUAAUUGGACUUCACUUCACUUUGAUGUACAACAACCCCAACCAAUGGUUGUCUUUCUUUGUCGUGCGUGAUCACUUGUUAUCGAUGUUCUACACGUAGAAGUACGAAAGUUUCGUGAACACGAAUUCAAAAUGGAAGUCUUGGUACUGAAAUAUUGAUUUAUUUAGAAACGUUGAUGCUAUAACUUGCAGCAAGUUUAUGAGUACACAUUUCAUUCAAGUGAGAACUUAACCAUGUCAGAUCGGGUGAUAGCGUCCCGUCCCAGCCUCGAGCAGGUGCAAGCUAUAGUGGACUUUAUGGAGAAGCACCCAGCUCUAGGUUUAGGUCAACUAAGAGGUUUUGAGGGUAGAGAUGAGGGUAAGAAGCUGUGGUUAAAGUUAGCCCGUCUGGUGAACAGUCUUUCCGGCCCUACCAGACCUGUGAAGUCUUGGGUAAAAUUUUGGGCUGAUAAGAAGUCGACCGUCAGAUCCAAGGUGCAGGCUACAGGUGACCCUAACAACCUUGGCUCCAACAUUGAGAAGAAGAUAUGGGAUCUCUUUCUGGCUAAUGAAACUGGCCGGCCUCGUGGUGCAGUCAAGAGGGAAGUGGAGAACAACUUUUUAGAUGAGAAUUUCUACAAUGAGGACAGCAUGGAUCAGAACCAUGCGGAGUCUGAACAAGUGAUGACCUUUGAAGACCCCAUGACAGACACUGAAGAACGACAACAUCAACUUAUGGAGAAAAUGUUGAAAGUGCUGGCUGAUCAGUCGUCCGCAAUGUCUCAGUUAGCGAAUGCAUCCCAUUUAAAUGCUCAAGCGAUGGAGAGGCUUGCUGAAGCUUCACAAAUACAGGCGAGAGCGAUAGACCGUCUGGCGAAUUCGUUCGAGACCAUUAGUGCUGCGACCCAUGACGUUCGCAAUGCGAUCGUCGAUAUCGACGUGACGAUGAAGCGAUUCUACUCGACAUCGCCCACUUAGCACAGGUACUUGUGAACACUCGAUUAAUUCGAUGCUGUUCGCGUUCAUGCUAAAUUGGCUCUUAUAUCUAGACGUAAUAUGAAUGUAAGUUCCGUGCUGUUGUCAGAAAAUGCUGUAUGGAUCGGAGUGUAAUUUGCCAUAGCUAGUGAUAGUAUGUAGUAUAGAAUAACAGUAUUGGACAAUUAACGAUAUUGAAUGGAAUUCCACAUUGAAGAAAACUUGUAAGUAUACUAACUUAAGUACUUAAGACUAAUCUAAUACUUAGUUGUUACUACUAUGGGCGUUGUUAAAAAUUAGUAAAUCAUGAAUGUUCUAAUAAAAAUAAAUUACUAUAAUUUUCUGUAUCGCGUAAUUUUGUUAUUCAUUCAUUGUCUCUGUCCAAUGGUAGACAAUACUGGCGUGAUAUUUGUACAUUUAGUAUCCUGUUUUCACUUAUAAUGAUAUCUAAGUAAAUACAUUUAAUAUCAUGUUUUUACUUGUAAUUAUAAUUUUCGAGUAUUGGAUAUAAAAAAAAGAAAAUUGUGAUAUUUAGGGCUGUUUAGUUCCCAUGUUUGCAUUUAUUCGAUAUUUAAAAAAUUAAAAAUGUCUGUUGAAUGUAUGUAAGUAUUCGAAUAUUAAUUUAAAAUUCAAAAAAGGAACUCAUGUCCUUGUAAAAUGUAUAAUAUUAUUGUAACUAGAAAUUGUAAAUAACGCAGUUACUUUUAUGUAAGUUAGAAAUUAUGUUAUGGAUAUUCAAGUAACUGGGUGAUUCUACAAAAAAAAA